AUGCUGUCCUUCUGCGAGAACAUCUUUAGACCCUGUCCUCCUUUCGCCAGUUUCUGUAACAGACCUCUUAAAGACCCUUGUCCUCCUCGUAGCAGCGCUUUAUGCCCACAGUUUCGCAAAGACAUCUUUAAGACCCUGUCCUACUGUCGUGCAAGCCACAGUUUCUGUAAAGACUUCUGUAAGACCUGUCCCUCACUUUCUUUGCAGCCCCAGUUUCUCACCCUGUCCGACAGCGAGGUGCUGCAGCCCAGUUUUUGUAAAGACUCUUUAAGACACCUGUCCCACUGUGCGGCAGCCACACGGUUUUCUUUUCUUGUAAAGACCAUCUUUAAGACCCUGUCCUACUGUCGUGCAGUCCACAGUUUCGUAGACAUCUUUAAGACCCUGUCCUCCUGUCGUGCAGCCACAGUUUCUGCAGAGACAUCUUUAGACCCUGUCCUACUGUCGUGCGACCACAGUUUCUGUAAAGAAUCUUUAGACCCUGUCCUCCUGUCGUGCAGCCACAGUUUCUGCAAAGACAUCUUUAAGACCCUGUCCUCCUGUCGUGCAGCCAGUUUUCUCCACAGUUUCUGCAAAGACAUCUUUAAGACCCUGUCCUACUGUCGUGCAGCCACAGUUUCUCCACAGUUCUCGUGUAAAGACAUCUUUAAGACCCUGUCCACUGUCUUGCCAGCCACGUUUUCUGUAAAGAACAUCUUUAAGACCCUGUCCUACUGUCGUGCAGCCACAGUUUCUCCACAGUUUCUCCACAGUUUCUGUAAAGACAUCUUUAAGACCCUGUCCUACUGUCGUGCAGCACAGUUUCUCCACAGUUUCUGUAAAGACAUCUUUAAGACCCGUCCUACUGUCGUGCAGCCACAGUUCUGUAAAGACAUCUUGUCAAAGAAACCUCCGCCCCUCCACACCGGCGCCGACUGGAAGGUGGUCCUCCACCUGCCGGAGAUCGAGACGUGGCUCAGGGCGACCAGCGACCGGGUCACGCAGCUCAGUCACUCCGCGGGACAAGACAGCGACAACCGGCACGUGGACGUCCACCUGGUGCAGCUCAAGGACAUCUGUGAGGACAUCUCGGACCAUGUGGAGCAGAUUCACGCCCUGUUGGAGACCGAGUUCUCCCUGAAACUUCUGUCCUACUCCGUCAACAUCAUCGUUGACAUCAGGACAGUGCAGCUGCUGUGGCACCAGCUGAGAGUCUCCGUUCUGGUCCUGAAGGAGCGUCUGCUGCAGGGCCUGCAGGACUCCAACGGAAACUACACCCGCCAGACGGACAUCCUGCAGGCCUUCAGCCAGGACCAGCAGCAGACUCGCCUGGACGCUCUGACAGAGGUGGACGACUGCGGUCAGCUGACCAUCCGCUGCAGCCAGGACUACUUUUCUUUAGACUGCGGCAUCACCGCGUACGAGUUGACGGACUACAGCCCCGGUGACGAGCCCGAGGCCCGGGGAUCUGACCCCGAAGGCGAGGAUUACGACCCCUCCCAGCCCCUCGAUCCAGCCCAAGGCCCAAAUCCAGAACCCCCAGGGGCAGGCGAGGGCCACGAAUCCUGCUUCUCAAACCACGGACACCACAACAGCUUACCUGAUCUCGACCCACCCGCCAACUCAUCAAACCACAACCGUUCUCCGCCGACGUUACCCACAAUGCAGUGUGGCAACCACGGCGAAAGUGCAAAGCGCCCCCUGCAGGGCGCGAGCCACAGCGCUGAGGUGUCGCCCACGCAGCCGUCGCUUCCCAAGAGAGCCGCUUUGUUCUCGGACGGAGGAACCGGGGUGGAGGACUCUCGGGGAGGCCUGGGGAACGGCGGCCCGCUCUCGGGGCUCCAGUUCCAGGCUGAGCUGAGUCGGAGCACCCCUUCUCUCGUGGACCCUCCGGACCGCACCAAGUUCUGGUUGGAGCUGGACUCGGUUUAUCCAGAAAAUGUCUCCCAGUCCUGCGAGAGCCUGCAGGUGAUGAACGGGCGUAACCCUCAGAGAAACCGUGUGAGGUCCAGACAACUAGGACGCUCUCAGGGGGGCGAGGUCCCGAGGCCGCCGACCGAACCACGGGGCUCGUCCGAGGCCAGACCGCCCGCCAACGCCCCCCCGCCUCCCCAAAACCCGGGGUCCCGGGAGGAAAAAUCCCAACAAAUGGAGAGGACCCAGAGGGAGACACAUGCACACAGCGAGGGGGACUCUGACUCCUCGUUGCCCUCCCCCGUGAGGGAGCAGUUGCUUUCCUCAGACCUGGACGCCUCCGGAGAGGAGUCAGACCCCCGACCGCAUCCUGGCAAGACAGCGGUCUGGAUCGUGAAGCGCCAGGGGCAGAAGGGGGCCCAGUUUUCAUCCAGAUCCAGCCCAGACAGGGAGCACUGGUUUGGGUCUGAGGAGUUCAUGGCCCUCCCCGAUCAGCUGCGUCAGACGGAGAUGCUCGCCACGAAGCUGGGGCGUCUGGCUCAGUCCAUCCCCCUGAUGCCCGAUGGCCGUGACUCUACCCAGAAGGCUUUGCAGAACGUGGACGACUGGGAUUUGACCGAGCUCAACCCGGACUGGGAGGCGGGGGAGAGCGACGAGAGGGAGAGCGGGGACGACAUGCCUUCUCUCCUGCCACCGCUGCUUCCUUACCGGCGAAACCUGGUCAGCCGCUUCAGCUCCACCUCCUCCAGCGAUGUUGCUCUCUCAUUGGACGAAAGCAUAGAGUCCGGCCCGUUGAGUGACCUGCAGUCUGAGGAGGACGAGGGACGGAGGUCCGCAGAGCGCCGCCUGCGGCGGACAGCGCCCCCGGUGGCCAUGCGUGGAGGUGCGUCCCUGGUGCACCAGCUGCUGGAGGACAUCAGAGAGAGUCAGAACCAAGACCCCGCCAUCUGGAAGAAGUUAGAGUGUUUCGUUGCAACAGUUGGACGGGUUCAUCUCCUGGCUGCAGGAGGCGCUGGACAGCACCGACAACUGGACGCAGCCCAGACAGGACCUGGACAGCCUGAGGGUGUACCUGGACACACACCUGAGUUUCAAGCUAAACGUGGACGUCCACAGCGCUCUGAAGGAGAGUGUCAUGGAAGAAGGCAGAGCUCUGCUCACAGUAAUCCCCUCCCACCAAUCAGGUCUGAAGGAUAUCCUCCACAUGGUUUCCAGCCAAUGGGAUCAGCUCCAGCGGCAGAUCCGGCGCCAGCAUGGCUGGAUGCUCCGCGCCCUCCGCUGCAUCCAGGCCCGCCUCCUCUACGCCGGCCAAUCGCAGCAGCCCUCCGUGGACCCGUCGGCCAAUCGGCAGUCUCCGUGCCCAUCAGACGGCCUCGAGACCUGCGGCCGCCUUGCUCCCGUGAGAUUUCCGUCGCCCACGUGUGCACGACGUCGGAGCGAAUCAGGAUCAAGUCAGACACAGAUCUACCCAGCAUGCAACGGGCGCCGAUCGCCGGGGAUCGAUUCUGCGCGGACCUGGAUCACCUCCAACGUCGUCCUUCGUCACAAACAGACGACCCCCGCGCAGACCAUGCUAAAACCCCCCCCACGCCCCACCCUACCCCCCGCCACCUCGCAUCCUCUACGUCGACCGUACGACAAGACGUGCAGACAUGUUUUGAGUACGAGCCUCCCACCCGGCAGCCACUGAGACGACCACCCAAGCGGGAGCGAUUCGAUGGAGAGACGGAGGAUCAAGGAGGAGCAGUUCAUGAGGGGAGCCGGGGAGUCCACGAGGCCUGA